CACAGAUUGCAGAAGAACCAAUUUUACCGGGAAGAAACACAACAAGCAUUUGAUAAACUUUUUAGCCAAUUUAGAUUUUACGAUAUUUUAUAAUUGAGUAUGGCGGACGCCGUCAAGUUUCUAGACAAAAACACUGCAAGACUCAUUACCAGCAAUCAAGUCAUCCAAGGGCCGUACAAUGUUGUGAAGGAAUUGAUCGAAAACGCGCUGGACGCAGGAGCUACGGCCAUUGACAUCAGGCUUGAAAAUUAUGGACUGGAAAAAAUUACUGUCAAGGACAAUGCAAAAGGAAUCUCCGCUGCAGACGUCGAGGUCAUGUGCAAACCAGGGUACUCCUCCAAAAUCAGCGAUUUCUCUGAUUUAGAGACUGUGAGAACUUACGGCUUCAGAGGAGAGGCUCUUGCCAGUAUCUGCUGCGUUGCUAAUGUGACUAUUACCACAAAGACUGAACAUUAUUCAGUGGCAACAGCCUAUAAAUUUAAUUCAGAUGGAGAAAUAAUUGAAAAGUCUCCUUCACAUUUAAAUCAAGGAACCCUGAUUUGCGUGCAAAACCUUUUCCAUCACCAACCAGCUCGGCGCCGGCUUUUGUUAAAUGCCAAGGCAUCUGCAAACACACAGGGAUUUUCAAAAGCCGGCUGCAUUUCACGAAUCAAAUCCCUCUUGGGUGCUCUGGGAGUGGCAUGGCCAUUUACUAGAAUUUUCUUCAUUCACGGUGGGUCGCUAGUUUGGAAAAAGCAAAGUGUGCCCAUUGCAGCUGGAGAGCCUAUUAAAACCGCGCUCGGAGAAUAUUUGGGUCACAAUUUGGUGUCCAACAUGCAAAUCGUCAAAUCAGAGUUAGACGAUUGGGGAACCAUGACUGCUGUUCUUCCAACAAGAAUUACUUCUGUCAACGAGACUUGUCAAUCAAGCAAAUCAGCCAUGAUUUUAAUUGUCAACAAGAGGGUUGUUCGUCAUAAGAAAAUUGAAGACGUAUUAAUGGAGAAGUUCAGGGCUCGAUUUCCAGCCAUCGGCAGAAACAGGUACCCUGCCUGUGUUUUAGAGAUCAAAGUGAAUCAGGAAGAUUUAGAUGUCAAUUUAGAACCUGAUAAGUCCAAGUUCCUAUUGCGAUCAGAAACAGAAGAAAAACUUCUGGAAGCAAUCCAAAAUCUGCUGGACAGAAUUUAUGAAGUGGAAGAAGCAGAAGAAAAAGAAAAUGACGAGCUCAUACAUCCUCCUCCAAGCAAAAAGCCCAAAGUCAGUGAAUCUACCUCCCAAGACAGCCUAGCAGAUUCCAAUUCUGUUUUGAAUACCCAAAGUUCCAGCGAGGAUCAAAAGCUGUCAAGCAGUAGCAGUUUUACACAAGAUGCUUUGCUCGAAUCAAGUCAAACAGAAAAUGAGGGCGGUUUCAAAAUUGAGUUUUUCACUCCCGUCACAAAAGAAAUUGAUCUGCCUUCUACAAAUGAUCAAAAUCCUGAGGAUCUGCGGAAUAAAACUAAGAUAAACAAGCCAGUGUUGGAAGUAAAUUUAUCGGAACCAUCAUUUGGAGAUGAAUCAGAAUCUAUCUUAGUGGAAAACUCUCUUCUGGCCACCACCAAAGAUGACGGAGAUGCAGAAUCUAACUUGGUGGAAAACUCGCUUAUGGCCUCUUCAAAAGAUGGAGAAGAUGCAGAAUUUACCUUAGUUGAAAACUCCUUUUUGUCUACUCCCAAAACUGACGAAGAUGAUGAUGGCCAAUUUGUUCUCUCUGAGGAGGACGAAGCGGCUUUGCUGGAGCUGGAAAAACUAAUUUGUCAACCUGAUAUUCCAGUAAUCAGCCAAAGUGAGUCGGUCACCUCCCAAAAUAAUAACGAGGCCCUUCCUGAGUUUGACCAAGCCGAUUGGAGUCGUGGGUUUGUCACUGGCCAAACUGGAGCAGAAAUUGAGGGAUCCCAUGUCAUGGUUCAAUCUAAGACGACGGCUAAGCAGCCUAAACCUAAACCAGAGAGCAACGAUCGGCGCCUUGCGCUCUUGGCAAGUCCUUGCACACAGAUGGGCUUGAGUAACCUACGAGCUUUCAACAUGUUCUGCAAAGAGACUAGGCCUAAGUUAUUAAAAGAAAAGCCAAACAUGGGGCUUUGUGAAGUUGCUCCCCUACUUGCAAGAAUGUGGAAAGACCUGCCAGAAGCAGACAAGCAGCAAUAUGACGUGAUAGCUCAAGAUUACAAACAGAGCAAGAUGAAAACCAAUGGAUUGAAUAUUGAGAGUCCUCUAGCCACUUCCAAAAAAGUUCAAAAAAGGAAACCUUUUGAAAAGGAAAAGCCAGCCGAUGCCAGUUUGUGCUUGAGCAUGCUGAAAACUGCUGCCGAGAAGCAGAGUCAGUCUCUUUCAGCAGAUCAUGAUUCAAAAAUCAUCAAAGACAACCAAGAAAGCGCUCCAACUGUUGCAAAAACCCAGCCAGUAGGUGGUUUGGAAGUGGAAAUUAUUUCAAACGAAAAUAUUCCGAAUUUGGCCAUAGAAGAAACCCCUCAGAAAUCUCCAGCUAAAAAGAAAAAUAUUGUCAAGACAGUUGAGAUUUUGGUCACUCUGGAAGACAUUAUGACAAAGAAAUCGAUCAGGCAAGGUUGUGUAACACGCCCAUUCAGAGUUAUGGGAGAAUGGAAUGGGAGUUGGUUAGUGAGGAAUGGCUCUGAUUACGGUGUGGUGAAUCCUUGGGUCCUACAAGAAGUUCUUUUGAUGAAAACGGAGCAGGAAGCAUCAAUCUCCGGCAACCACAUACUAGAUUCGCAAUCGGAAGAAAGUCCAUCAAAUGCAAAGGUUAUAUCAAGUCUGAGAGAAAUGGAAGUCCUGAUUGAAAAGUUUUUAAAGUUGUGCAGUUUCGAAGACAAAUGUUUACAUGGCAAAGAUUGUAUUGCAAUCAUCAAGUCAGAUAAUUCAAGCCAAACAUCAACAUGUUCAAGUAACUGAGAUUUUAAGGUUUUUAAGAAAAUAAAAUUUGAAAUUAAA